AUGGGCCGCACCCACACCCUGCGUCUCGAUGCUCCCUCAGCUAGCACCCAACCACAGGUUCACGAGCAUGUGGCUCCCCUGCAGGCCGAGGUUGGCCGCGAGUUCCUGGAGAAACUCACCUCCCAGGGCAAGAAGAACAAGGCCCCGGCUCCUGAGGCCGGUUCAAGCCAAGGCCCUCCCGCCAAGCGCUCCCGGACCGAAGUUGUCGGAGGGAAGGAGGUAGGCAGGAAGCGCUACCAGAAGAAACAGAUGCCGGUCGCUUCCGGAAAGAAGAAGAAGACCACGGACUCUUCCCCCUCCAAGCCGGUGCCGGACUCUUCCACGCCGGCAAGUUCCACUCUGGGCCAGGACGUGCCUGACGCCCCUUCGUCGCCCAAAACUACGCCCGCGCCUCCGCCGGAAGCUCCCACCGUCGAGCCGACCAGGGCCACGCCGACGCCGCCGCCAAACCAAGGACCCGCACCAUCUCCAAGACAAGGGCCCGCUGCGGACAAGCCGCCGCUGCCGCCAGAAGGCACCAAGCCCGUCAGGGCGGAAGCUUUCAAGGGGAAGGCCACGGCUUCCGGCGCCGCUACGCCUGGCUCGCAGCAGCUGGCGCUGCACGCCGGCCGCGCGGCUGUCGCAGCCGGUGAGGCAACCUCCGGUCUGCUUGGCCGGAUAACCGAACUGAAGAGCGAAGGCCGCGAGCUGGGCCAUCUGCUUGAAUAUGCUGAAAAGUGGAAUCAAGCGGAUGUGUCCGCGGCCACGCGCGGCUUGGGGAAGGACCGGCUUCCGGGGAUUGACCCCGCUGGCCCCCGGUGCACUGAGGAUCACUUCAUCCGGCUGCGGCGCGCGGUGAGGGAGCUCGACAACGCGUGGCACGAUGCCACCAACAACGUUGUGAGCACAGCGGACGCCCGGAAGCGCCUCUUUGAGGAGCUUCUGUGGGAGCACCGGGACCUUUCCGAGGCCCAUAGCCACUGCCAAGCUAUCCUGGAAGCCUCCAUUGAGGCCCUCAAGGCCCAGCUCAGCACCCUCCAAGGUGAAAAGGAGCAGCUCAUCCAGGAGCACCGCAAGGCUCUGGACGCCCAGAAGGCCAUCUCCAGAGGGCUGAAGGACGAGCUCACCCAGUUCAGUCUCCGGCAUGAUCAGGAACUGAAGGACACCAAAGCUGCGGCUGAGGCGCAGCUAAAGGAGGCCCUGGAUGAUUCUGUCAACUCCACCGCGGUGCUGCGAGCAGAGCUUGAGGAGGGAGGGCUCUUUCCGGAUUCACAGGCGUACGCGCAGAAGAAGGUGGCAGAGCGCCGGAUCGCGCAAGCGUUCAAGAAUCCGGAUGCGCCCUGGGACCCUUAUGACCAUCUGGUCACGCUUUCUGCCCGGGUCUCUCAUAUGCGCGCGGUGGACCGGAACCUUGCCGAAAUUCCCGAGGUGGCGAUCCAGCUCUUCAAGGUGCUGUGGCCCGAGGAGGAGGUGCCGGCUAACCUGACGCUGACCUCCGAACGCCUGAAAGACGAGGCGUUACGCACCGCCUGUUCCUGGUAUGAGGACUUGGACCUGGACGCCUUCGUCGCCGCGCGCCAAGACACUCCUACCGACAUGGAUCCGGCCCUCACCGCCAAGCGGAAGGAUCGCGCCUACCGGAUAGCUGAGUAUGCGACAGUCCGCACCUUCAUUCCUCCUCCUCCUCCUGGCGUCACUGAUUAUCUUAGUGACUAUGAAGAAGAGGAAGAUGAGGAUGAGGAUGCCGGAGAAGAUGCGCCUCCGGAAGGUCCUGAUGCCGGUAAUGUCCCUCCGGAAGCUCCCGCUGCUUGA